AUGCCUAGCCUUGGGUUUGUUGUCUCUAAUUCAGAUCCCAGUUUGUUUGUGAAGCAACAUGAUGGUCAUGUAGUUAUUCUUCUGUUGUAUGUGGACGACAUUAUUAUCAUUGGCACUGAUUCUGUUUUGGUGCAACAAGUUAUUGACAAUCUUGGUGAAGUUUUUGAUAUGAAAGAUAUGGGUCGAUUAGCCUUUUUCUUGGGCCUUCAGAUUACAUAUAAGGACAAUGGUGACCUUUUUAUUUCUCAAUCAAAGUAUGUUAAGGAUUUGCUCAAGAAGGCUGCCAUGAAGUCCUGCAAGCAUUGUCCUACUCCCUACAAACCACAUACGUCAUUGUUCAAAGAUGAAGGUACUCCUAUAACUGAUCCUACUUUGUUUCGAAGUCUUGUGGGGCCUCUACAAUACUUGACGUUUACUGGACCAGACAUUGCAUUUGCUGUGAAUUAUGCAUGUCAGUUUAUGUCCAAUCCCAAUAAUGCACACUUUCAUCUUGUCAAGCGUAUAUUCAGAUAUUUACAGGGCACUUUAGAAUGUGGUUUAACAUAUUCCUCUACGAAUUCCUUGGAGAUUCUGGCGUAUAGUGAUGCUAAUUGGGCAUCUGAUGUCAAUACUAAGAGAUGA